AUGUCCAGGGAGAGCAGUGCUGACAUCGAUCCAGAGCAUGUCGAAGAGAGAGGCUCCGACGAUGACGAGCUUGCUCGCGAGCUCGAGCUAGAACGGCAGAAGCUGCUCGCCGGGGCUGCAUCGCCGACACAUGGCAACGACAAUGACGAUCGCUCAGAUAGCCAAGAGUACCUCGAGGACGACGAUGAGGGCGACAUCGGCGGAGAUGCCGCUCAAGACGAAGACGACUCAGAGGACGAGUGGAGACCGCCAGAGCCGGCAGUGAAAGCUACAAGAAGGAGCAAACGCCGUCGAGCAUCGUCCAGCUCGCAAGACAGCGACCAAAACGUAGCACUGGAACCAUCAGAUGAAGAUCUGACGCCCGCAGUGAAGAAGCAGAAGAAGGCUGGUAAGCCCAAGGCACCGACCGCCAAGUCAGGCGAAGCGGCACGCAAACGAAAAGCACCCGCUGCUGGCAACGCAUCCGAGGCGGAAGCGGACGAAGAUGCGGAAGAGUACGACUCGUUUGACGAAGAGGCUGAGCGAGUCCAGGCCGAAGUGGAAGCGGCAGCUGCUUGGGCGGAUGUCCGAAAACGCAAGGAAGCCGCACAAUCCAAGUCUUUGGCUGACGCCUCGACGACCCAGCCAUCCGCCGCAUCAACCGCAACCAAAUCUUCAGCCGCACCCUCCCUCACCGCCUGGCUCGGCAAGGGACCAUCCGCGUCUUCUUCCGUCUCGGAGCUCGCGGCGUCUUUACCAAUGCCCACCACCUGUACGGCUGCGCAGAUCGUCGAUCGCAGCUCGCUCUUUGUCGGCUACGUCUAUCCGCUCACCACCGCCUCUUCGGCGUACAUCUCUGUGCUCCUCUCGCACCUCACACGCGUCGUCCACCCCACCGUUCCCGUCGACCUCUUGCCGCCUCAAUUUGCCAAUGCGCCCGCGAACAAGCGCGGCUCGUCGCACGACAUGUAUGCAUACCGCGUGCUCGAGCUCAAGCGCGGCCGCACGGGACUUGCGGGCCCAGACGACUUUUCGCUGCAGGAAGACAAGGAGGAUGACGGCGAGAGGUGGGGUGGCGACCGCGUGCUGCGUGUCGCGCGCGACGAAGGCGCCUCCGACGUCCUCGUCGUUGUCAGCAGGUGGUACGGAGGCGAGCUGCUCGGUCCGGUGCGUUUCGAGCACAUUGAAAACGCAGCCAGAGCUGCACUCGAAGAGCACAUGGCAAAAGAAGAGGUGGACGAGUUCAGGCAGAGGAUCCAACAUCUGGAUCGUAAGAUCGCCCAGGCAAAAGCGGGGACAAUGGGCGAUGUUGCGCAUAAAGGAGCUGUGCCGGACUAUGCGGAUCUGACGAUCGAGAGGGCGCAGAGGCUGUGGUUGGCACGACAGAAGGCGUUGGAUGCACUGCUAAAGCGCGUGGCCUCGCAGGAGCAGCAGCUGUCACAGCCAGCCACGAGUCAGCAGAACGAGCAGGCAGAGACCAGCACCACACAAGAACAGGAUGAACAUCCUGCGGAACACCCUCCGCAAGCAUUCGAGCCGGAGGGCACGGCAGCUCCAUUGCCGUCCGAUCAGCUUGAAUCAAGAGCGGCGGACGAGGCGCACACUAAACCAGAGCCCGAUGACGCUGUGCCACUCGACGUCGAUGCAGGCAGUGACGAUGCGGCCAACAGCGUCCACGUCAAGCCGGAACCCGACAUCAACACCGGCCAAGCUCAAAUCAAGUCGGAAGCCGUCGAUCCCACUGCUGCGCUACGCAUCAAGCCCGAUCCAGACGCCGACUCAGCCCUCGAUCCAAGCGGCACCCAAGAGCAAGCCCAUCCAACUGGCUUCACUGUGAAAUCAGAACACGCCGACGAUACAGCCGCCGACCUCACCGGUUGGGACGAUCUCUAA